AUGGCGUCCGAAGUGGAGUUAGCCCAGUCAGCGAAACCUGGAGGGGACACGAUAUUUGGUAAAAUAAUUCGUGGAGAAAUAAAAACAGAUUUUCUUCACGAAGAUGACCAGUGUGUUGCCUUCAAUGAUAUUGCACCUCAGGCUCCAGUUCACUUUCUCGUAGUGCCAAAGAAGCCAAUUGUAAAGUUGUCUGAUGCGGAUGAUUCUGAUGAACAGCUCCUGGGACAUCUGCUGAUUGUGGCCAGAAAGGUUGCCAAGCAGAAAGGGCUCAGCAAAGGCUAUAGGGUGGUGAUCAAUGAUGGCCAACAUGGGGGACAGUCUGUCUAUCAUAUACAUAUCCAUGUCAUUGGUGGUCGUCAAUUGGGCUGGCCUCCAGGCUAG